AUGGAUACUUCUACCUUUGUGAAGCAGUUGUCAUCCAAUAACAGAGUUGUUAGAGAGAAAUCUUUGGAAGCGUUAGAAAAAUUUCUAGUUUCCAAAAAGUGUUUAUCGUUCAAACAAUCUCAAUUCAAUAAAUUAUGGAAGGGUCUUUACUUUGCUAUGUGGUUUAGUGACCGUCCUAGACCACAGCAAAGAUUGGCUAAUAAAUUAGGGCAAUUGUAUGGGUUAUAUUUCAACGAAAAAGAUAAUGAAAACCAAGAAAACGAGACUAGACUAAGUGAUAAUGAUAAGGCAUUUAUUAAAUUUAGUAAAGCCUUUUGGAAGAUCUUAUGUUUGGAAUGGUAUAGUAUUGACCGUUUCAGAAUGGAUAAAUAUUUAUUACUCACUAGAAGAGUCUUCUUUAACCAAUUGAAGUAUUUGCAAUCUAGAAAUUGGAACGCUAAGUUGGUAGAACAAUAUUGUCAAGGUGUUCUUGUAGAUUUACCAUUAAGCGGUGACGCAAAAGUUUACAGUGGGAUUCCAUUUCACAUUAUUGAUAUUCUCCUUGAUGAAUGGGAAAGAUUACUGACAGAUAAAGAUGAUGAACAUGACGAUGAGGAAAAGGAAACCGAUGAAGUUGAUAUUGUUAUUGCUGUCAAAGAAACUCCCUUAAACAACUUUAUUAAGAUCUUCUAUGGUCUUGUUUCUAACGUGAAUAAUAGUAAGAUUCUUAGAACGAAGAUUAAAGAGGACCUGCUAGCUGAUCCAAGACUAAUUGAAUGGGGAAUAAUUGAAAACACCGAUGAAGGGAAAUCUGAAGAAAUCGACGAACCUUCCUCUGAAGAUGAGGAGAAGGCGACAGGUGAAGAAGAGGAAUGGAAGGGCUUUUGA